GGUGCGCCGGCCCUCCUGUGUGUGUGUUUGUGUGUGAUGCCAACCAUUGUUGUACUGAUGCAACACCUCCCUAAUGCUGGUGUAUAUAAAUGCAUGAUUCAUCUGUUUCAAAUCGUUUCAGCUCAUAGUUCCGACCUGUGAACUAAUAACUUCAGUCCUUAGCUCAAUCUCUUUCUGGAAUGAUGAUGAACAAUGUUCUUGUGGGACUUUUUCUUGGACUUCUGGCUGUUGUCCAGAUGACACCGGUUCCUUCUGUGACCGAGAUCCCGGCCAAAGCUGAGGAGGACGUCCUCCGAGAGGCGGUGACCGACGGCUUCCUCGUCAACUUCUUCACGACUGAAUCGCCCAAAACGAUCGCCACCUCGUCCCAGCAGCCGCCCUCUGACCCCAAAGAGGAAGUGACCGUGGUGCCCACCGAGGAGCCCACCGAGGAGCCCUCCGAGGAUCCCAGCGAGGAGUCCACAACCGCCGUGUUCAUCCAGCAUGGCGGUGACCACAAUACAACCACAACAGACCCAUCUACCACUCACAGCUCUCCAUCUGGCUCUACGCCCUCAUCAGUGCCAAAUGACACCGAACCGUCAACCACCACCCACACCGCGGCCGCCCAGACCACUGACCCCGCUGUCUCCAGCUUCCUGCGCACUCUGAGUUCAGACUCGGGGUCUGGAGACGGAGAGGAUUCCGACCAGGACACUACCUGGAGCUCAAGCUGGAUCUCUGUGUCCAACACAGACAGUAGCACUUCAGCAUCGACCUCCACGGCUGCUUUUAUCCAUCUGUUUGAAGACGGUGAAGGAUCCGGGUCAGGAUUGACAGCAGAAACCAGCACCGCACCAUCGACUUCCACGGCUAUUCUCUUCCAAUCCACAACUCCCGGACCCGAGGUUUCCUUAACCUCAUCAGCCACCGAAGAAGAAGCGAUGAACGAAACCAGUUUGGCUGAUAAUUCAAUCAUAAGAUCAGGUCGUAAACUACCCAGUGUUGUAGAUGUAAAUCAUCCAUCGCCGCAGGGGGCAGCAAGCAGUACACCAGGUCUUCUACUACCCAUUGUUGAAGUUGGCAAUCCGCAGCAGGGGGCAGCAAGCAGUACACCAGGUUGGAUCAUCAUCCUUGGUUUCAUCGUGGGUGUUGCAAUGCUGGUCAUGCUGUGCGUCGCCAUCGCUACCAGAGACAAGUGGAAUGGACCUCGCAAGGUGUCCGAGGCAGAGACCAAGACUGAGUCCUCCGACCAGCAGAGGGGGCAAGAGAUGGAGACGUUCCUGCCCAAGGACAAGCCCAUGGAGAACGGGAAGUCAGAGUACACUGUCAUCCCUCUGGAGGAACUUCCGGAGAGUUAUUCAUCACACUGACAAGCAAGAGAGAGAGAGAGAGACCCUCGGGGGGCUUGGGACUCAUCACAGAACCAUGCAACUGUUUUUGUAACAGACGGAUUUGACCAGAGAAACAAAAACUGUUUGAGCAGGGGGAGCGUCUGUGGACGGCCACAGCGUCUAGUCCUUCCUGAGCAACCAGCCUGAUCUGGUUUUUCCUGCUGACUUUCGCCACACCCUGCCUUUGAAUCUACAGCAACACUUUGGUUGAUUUUAUUUAUUUCAAUAUAAACUCUGGCAUUGACUGUAACAAGCCAAAUCGGUCUGGGCUGAGAUGCACGAAUGCCCUUUAUUUCAAAAAACGACUACAAAAAGUCAACGCUUCAUUUCCUUUUGUGUCCUUUUGUAAAUACCUGAUGACAACAGUUUUUAAACAUGAUGAAAGAAAAUGAUUGUUUUUGUCAGUGCCUUCUUAUUAAUGUAACUUAAACCACUUUGUGUUAAUGUUAUUAAAGAGUGUGAUGUGGAUUGUAA